CAUUAUUCUGUGCCUCGGCUGCCGCAACGGCUAGUUCCCGUGUCAUCUCCUAGCGGCCUGGCGCCGAGGCGGCGGUACCCAAGGCUGGAGCCGCAGCGGGAGCCCCCGAUGAUACUCUCCAAGCUCUAAGGAAGAAGUCAAGGAUUAAGGAGACCUGGACUGGAGAGGAGCCUUUUUCAAAAAACAACAAUGACAAGAGAUAAUUGGGCCCACAAUGCUCUGAGACAAGAGGGCCUUGUGAAGGGGAAGGAUGAUACCUGGAAAUGGGGAACCAGCUUCCAAGGAAGCAGCUCCUCUGUUUGGGAGACCUCCCACCUACACUUUAGACAAUUACGUUACCAUGAGACAUCUGGACCCCAGGAGGCCCUGAGCCGGCUCAGGGAACUCUGUCGCCGGUGGCUGAGACCAGAAGCACGCACCAAGGCACAGAUCCUGGAGCUGCUGGUGCUGGAGCAGUUUCUGAGCAUCCUGCCUGGGGAGAUUCGGACCUGGGUACAGCUCCAUCACCCUGGAAGUGGCGAGGAGGCUGUGGCCCUGGUAGAGGAGCUGCAGAAAGACCUUGAUGGACCAGCAAUACAAGUCUGGCUUCUGUUCCCACCGUUCUGUACAGUCUCCUCUGGGAGAGGUCACCAGUGCCAUGAGUGGGGCUCGAGGGCAGCUCCAUUGUUCUCAAUGCAAAGCUUUACUGCUGUUUUGAUGCUCCAUACUUGAGGUUCCAGUCCUUGUCCAGGAUCAGGACACUCUCCAGAAGGCGGUGAGUGCCCCAGGAACAACACUUCCUCCUCUACUUCCUGGCAGCCACAUAGCAGCUGAAAUUUGCCCGCAUCCUCCUACUGACCUAGUGGCAUUCAACCUCCAGGAUCCUCAGCAUGAUUCUCCUGCCCCUGAAGCUUCUGCCCUUUCCCAGGAAGAGAACCCAAGAAAUCAAUUAAUGGCACUUAUGCUCCUAACAGCCCAGCCCCAGGAGUUGGUGAUGUUCGAGGAGGUGUCAGUAUGCUUCACUUCAGAGGAAUGGGCAUGUCUGGGCCCAAUCCAGAGGGCCUUGUACUGGGAUGUGAUGCUGGAGAAUUAUGGAAAUGUGACCUCCCUAGAAUGGGAGACCAUGACUGAGAAUGAGGAGGUGACAUCAAAGCCAAGUAGUUCUCAAAGAGCAGAGUCUCAUAAAGGAACAUCAAAAAGACUUCAAGGAAGUGUUCCCCAGGUCCUUGAUUUUGAAGAAGAGUGUGAAUGGCAAGUUUUGGCAAGUCAGUGGGGAAAUGAAACAGAUGAAAGGGCAGAUACAGUGAAGAAAGGUUCCCUUUGUGAACGAGACAAGAAGAAAAGGACUCCACCAGAGAAACAAGGCCAAAAGUGGAAGGAAUUUGGAGACAGCUUGACUUUCGGUUCAGCUAUUUCUGAAAGUUUAAUAGGUACUGAAGGAAAGAAGUUUUAUAAAUGUGAUAUAUGUUGUAAGCAUUUUAAUAAAAUCUCCCAUCUUGUAAACCAUCGGAGAAUCCACACUGGUGAGAAACCUCAUAAAUGUAAGGAAUGUGGAAAAGGCUUUAUUCAGCGUUCGAGCCUUCUAAUGCAUUUACGGAACCAUUCAGGGGAGAAACCUUAUAAAUGUAAUGAAUGUGGGAAAGCAUUUUCUCAAAGUGCUUACCUUCUAAACCAUCAGAGGAUCCACACUGGGGAGAAACCUUAUAAGUGUAAGGAAUGUGGAAAGGGCUUCUAUAGACACUCAGGCCUAAUUAUACAUCUAAGGCGCCAUUCAGGGGAGAGACCUUAUAAGUGUAAUGAAUGCGGGAAAGUUUUCUCUCAGAAUGCUUACCUCAUUGACCAUCAGAGGCUCCACAAAGGGGAAGAACCUUAUAAAUGUAACAAGUGUCAGAAAGCUUUCAUUCUGAAGAAGAGCCUCAUUCUGCACCAGAGAAUCCACUCUGGGGAAAAACCCUAUAAAUGUGAUGAAUGUGGAAAGACCUUUGCUCAGACCACUUACCUUAUUGACCAUCAGCGACUCCACAGUGCAGAGAACCCUUACAAGUGUAAAGAAUGUGGAAAAGUUUUCAUUCGAAGUAAAAGCCUCCUCUUACAUCAGAGAGUCCACACAGAAAAGAAAACCUUUGGUUGUAAAAAAUGUGGGAAGAUUUUCAGUUCUAAGUCAAACUUCCUUGACCAUAAGAGGAUGCACAGCAGAGAGAAACCUUAUAAAUGCACUGAAUGUGGGAAAGCCUUUACUCAAAGUGCUUACCUUUUUGACCACCAGAGACUCCACAAUGGGGAGAAGCCCUAUGAAUGUAAUGAAUGUGGGAAAGUUUUUAUUCUGAAGAAGAGCCUCAUUUUACAUCAAAGGUUCCACACUGGAGAGAAUCUCUAUGAAUGUAAAGAUUGUGGAAAGGUCUUCGGUUCAAACAGAAACCUCAUUGACCAUGAGAGACUCCACAAUGGGGAGAAGCCAUAUGAAUGUCAAGAGUGUGGGAAAACCUUUAUUAUGAGCAAAAGUUUUAUGGUCCAUCAGAAACUCCAUACACAAGAGAAAGCCUACAAAUGUGAAGAUUGUGGGAAAGCUUUCAGUUACAAUUCAAGCCUGCUUGUACAUCGGAGAAUCCACACUGGAGAAAAACCCUUUGAAUGUAGUGAGUGUGGAAGAGCUUUCAGUUCAAACAGAAACCUCAUUGAGCAUAAGAGAAUCCACAGUGGUGAGAAACCCUAUGAGUGUGAUGAAUGUGGGAAAUGCUUCAUUCUGAAGAAAAGCCUCAUUGGACAUCAGAGAAUUCACACGAGGGAAAAAUCUUAUAAAUGCAAUGACUGUGGGAAAGUCUUCAGUUACCGCUCAAACCUUAUAGCCCAUCAGAGGAUCCACACUGGUGAGAAGCCCUAUGCAUGUAAUGAGUGUGGAAAAGGUUUUACCUACAACAGAAACCUAAUUGAACAUCAAAGAAUUCACAGUGGAGAAAAAACCUACGAAUGUCUUAUAUGUAGGAAAGUCCUUACCUCUAGUAGAAAUCUUAUGGUACAUCAAAGAAUCCACACUGGAGAGAAACCUUAUAAAUGUAAUGAGUGUGGAAAAGACUUUAGUCAGAAUAAAAACCUUGUUGUACAUCAGAGAAUGCACACUGGGGAAAAACCUUAUGAGUGUGAGAAGUGUAGGAAAUCCUUUACUUCUAAAAGGAAUUUAGUUGGCCACCAGAGAAUUCACACAGGGGAGAAACCUUAUGGAUGUAAUGAUUGUAGUAAAGUUUUUAGGCAAAGAAAAAACCUUACUGUACAUCAGAAAAUCCACACAGAUGAAAAACCUUGUGAAUGUGAUGUGUCUGAAAAAGAGUUCUGUCAGACUUCCAGCGUUCAUCUUCAACAGAAAAUCCAUACCAUUGAGGAAUUGUCUUGGCUACAAAACACCCAUGAGUCUAAGAUUGAGAUGCAGAAAAUCUAGUGUCAUAUAUGAAAUGGAAUAGAAUCCCUGCCUACUUAAGUAACUGUUUGACAAAUGAUAUAUAUUUCUUCUAAGAAAAAAGUUUAUUAUUUACUCUUUAAUAGACAAAUGAGUAGCAUGUAGAAGAAAGUUAAUAGGCCGGGCGUGGUGGCUCACGCCUGUAAUCUCAGCACUUUGGGAGGCCGAAGCGAGUGGAUCACCCGGGGUCAGGAUUUCGAGACCAGCCUGACCAACAUGGUGAAACCCUGUCUCUACUGAAAUACAAAAAUUAUCCAGGCAUGGGGGCACAUGCCUGUAAUCCCAGCUACUCAGGAGACUGAGGCAGGAGAAUCACUUGAACCCGGGAGGGCGGAGGUUGCAGUGAGCUGAGAGCAUGCCAUUGCACUCCAGCCUGGGCAACAAGAGCAAAACUCUGUCUGAAAAAAUAAAAGAAAGUUCAUCCCAACUUUCAAGUCUUCAAAAACAUAAUCCAAAUCUAAUAACAUAGUUGUAAAUGACAGCAACAAAUAUCUUUGUAUUAAAAAGUAGACAUGGACUGGGUGCAGUGGCUCACUCCUGUAGUCCCAGGACUUUGGGAGGCCGAGGUGGGAAGAUCACUUGAGCCCAGGAGUUGGAGACAAACUUGGGCAACAUAGGGAGACCCAUCUUUAGUAAAUAAAAAUAAAUUUAUUAAUAAAAUUAAAAAUUAAUCAUAAAAAGUGGACAUUGGUUUUUAAAAUGUGUAUAGUAUGCAUUUUAAAGAUAGCAUCACUGCUAUAGAAAACCUGAACAGACAGUAUGAUCCCGAAUGUCAGGUGUGGAGUUGGGUGGACAAGAGUCUGAUGAGGACAACCUAAGAAGAGCACUGGAUUUGGAAUCAGAAGACCUACCUUUGAUUCCUGGCUUUCCCUUAAUGGCCAUGUGAUGUUAUUAAGUCAGCCCUAAAGCCUCAGUUUCCUGUCAGAUGUUGACAUGAUACCUACCUCACAGGGUUGUUGUGAGGGUUAAGUGAGAGGAUCUUUGUGAAAGUGCUUUUUGAAAUCAUUCAGUUGUCAAUAAAGUUGGAUAAAAGAGGUUAUGGUCAAAGUAUAAAACAUGGGAUCAUGUAAGUUUGUGUAUUAAGUUAAUAUUAGAAUGAGGGGGAUUCCAUGAACCUAAAAGAUGCUCAUUUUUAUAAGAGGAAGUAUGGUGAAUAGCUAACUGGAAUUUAGUGCUGUAAAAAUAUUUUUUUUUAAUUUACCUUUAAAAAUAAGGGAGUUAAUAGAUUUUAUAUCUAGUUUAUGUGUAUGGAAAAAAAUGUUAUGGCCAGCCAUUAACAGUGAUGCCAAGGAAAACAAUUUAUUUUCCAGCUUUUGAAUUUGAAACUUAACAGAUGUAGAGUGUUAAAAUGGAAGGGCAGUGGUACCCUGCUUUCCCUAUCCAGAAGGAAAAAAAUCCUUGACUGAGCAGUUGAACUGAUGAUCCCCGCCACAGUCAUUGUCAAUUCUAAUCAAUAUUUCAUCAUUGCUGUCAAAUGAUAGCCUGUUACUCAUGAAACAGCAUUCUGUCCCAGCACUAAAUUUACUGGGACAUAAAUUUUUCUUACGGAGCCAAGCUCUUCACUGAUGAAGCCAAUGCAGAAUCCACUUUUGGGCAGUCAGUGCCCAUUAACCCCUGUGAACCAUUCUGUGUCCUUGAGUACAUUUGUAGGUUUUAACUCAGUCUAUAUUCUUGAGUUAGUAAUUUUUAUGUUGUAAUUCUCAAAGUUCUGUUUCUGUAGCUGGACUGUGAAUAAUAUCUGAAUAUGAAGAUUGUGUUUUUUAAUAAUGUCAGAGUGGUAUUUUGAUUAUCAUAAAUAUUACUAAUUCAGCCCCACAGUUUGUUGGGGGCUGGUUCCUCAUUAGAAUGAAAGGAAACCAAGAGUGAAAACUGGAAAGGGCCUAAGGCUUAAAGUCUUAAGACCUGGAUGUGGGUCACAUUUUGCCAUCUGCCUCAGAAAAAAUAACUCUUCAGUUCUUGGAGCCUUGAAUUCCUCAUCUGUCAAACAGGAGGAAGAAUAUCUACCUCACAAAGUUCUUAUGAGAUAAUGAAUAUGAAAAUGCUUCAUCCAUGUUGUAGAAGAAUCACCCCAGCUUAUAUAAUAAUUGCAAAGGACAUACGUAGUUUAACAGUAGAGAAUGUUGUCAUUUGCCUCUUCAGCAAGUAACAAAAUGUAACGUUGCUUAGACUGAGACAGCCCACAUAAUGUGCCACCUCCUGUGAUGUAAUAAGCUGAAAAAUGUUCAACCUGAAUUUCAUUAAGCUUCUUGGACCUCAUUGCCAGGUUACAGGAAAUACAGGAGGCAGAGGAACAAAUAAAAGACACCACGAGAAACAGACAAAUCCAGAACAUGGAAUAUUGUAUAAGAAAGCUGCCCUAGAUUCUUCUUCAAAAUAUUAUUACGAUGAAAAAGAGAGGGGACUGAAAAUUAUUCAAGCUGUCUGAGUCUACUGUGAGUUUAUUACACCGUUCUCUGCUUUUGUGUAUAUGUGAAAAUUUCCAUAUGAAAAGUAUAAAACAUGGAUGAGGAGGCUUGUUUUUAAAAGAUGAUACUAAAGAGCCAUUAGAUACUAAGAACCAGAAAUAGACUCAUAUAAAUGGCCAAUUGAUUUUUGACAGGGGCAAAAGCAAUUCAAUGGAGGAGGGAUAGCCUUUUCAGCAAAUACUGUUGGAACAAUUGGAUAUCCAUAGGCAGUAAACCAACAACUUCAGGACCCAGGACUGAGCUAAGAAGGCUCAGAUGACUCAAAAGCAUGCUCCUUGAAAGGAAAAAAAAAAAAAGUUAAAUUGGACUUCAUCGAAAUUAAGAUAAUUUGCUCCGUAAGAGACCUUUUUACAAAGAUGAAAAGAUAUUACAGGUUGGGAGAAAAUAUCUGCAAAUCAUAUCCAACAAAGGAUUUGUAUGUAAACUACAUAAAGAACUUUCAAAAUUUAACAGUAAUAAGUAAAUACAAUUAGAAAAUAAAAGACAUUUCACUGAAGUAUACAUAGCAAAUAAGCAAAUGAAAAAAUGUUCAACAUCAUUAGGCAUGAGGGAAAUGCAAAGCAAAAUCAUGAGAUAUCACCACAUUCCUAUCAGAAUAGCUAACUUUUUUUUUUUUUUUUUUUUUUUUUUUUUUUUUUUGUUAUGGUGGUAACUGCUGGCAAGGAUGCAGAGAAACGGGAUCUCAUACUGUUUCUCUGGGAAUGUAAAAUGGUAUAGCCACUCUGGAAUAUGGCAGUUUCUUGUAAAACCAAACAUGUAUAUGUCUUGCCUCAGGAAUUGCACUCCUGAGCAUUUAUCCCAGAGAAAUGAAGACUUGUGUUCACACAAAAACCUGUAUACGAAUGCUCAUAGCAGCUUUAUUUGUAAUGGUCAAAACCUGUAGGCAACCCAUAUAUCCUUCUUUAGAUGGUUAAAACAAAUUGUGGUUUAUGUAUUACCAUGGAAUACUUGUUACUCUGCAAUAAAAUUGACUGACUUAUUGAUAUCCGUAACAACUCAAAUAAAUUUCAAGGAAAUUAAUGCUGAGUGAAAAUAAUCACAAAAGGCCAUAUUGUGUAUGAAAAUGUUCAUAUAACAUUCUCAAAAUGAUAAAACUAUAGAGAUGAAAAAUGGAUUAAUGGUUGUCAAAGGUUAGGGAUGGUGGGAGGGAAAAUGGGGAGAGAGUUGGAUGUAACUAUAAAGAGGUAGCACCAGGAAGGUCUUUAUGGUGAUGGAACACUAGUGUAUCUUGAUUGUAGUGGUGGUUAGACAAAUCUAUAGGUGCUAAAAAUGACAAAAGUAUACACACAUACUGUACCAGUGUUGAUUUCCUUUUUCAUAUUAUGUAAGAUGUAACCAUGAGGGGAAAGUGGGUGAAGGGUGCUAUCUUUGCAUCUUCCUGUGAAUCUGUCAUUUCAAAAUAAAAAGUAAAAACCAACAAUGACAACAAAAACCCAAAACUAAAGAGCCAUAACCAAAUAAAGUGUGUGAAACUGAUUUGAAAAAAAAGUUAUACAUGUUUUAAGACAGUUGGGAAAUUUGAAUAUGAUUGGUUAUUAGAUGGUAUUAGGGAAUUUUUGUUAAUUUUCUUACCUGUGACGGUGAUGGUAGUUUGAAGAAUAUUCUUAAUCUUAAGAGAUGCAUGUUGAAGUAUUUGGAAUGAAUGUUCAGAUGUUUACAACUUAAAAAAAAAAAAAA